UAGUUUGCAUUCUUUCCACGAGCUCCAAGCAACCAGUACAACAACACCAACCAUAAGAUUCUUUAAAAUCUUUACCACUUAUGAUCACUUGAUCAGCAUGUGAGUAGAGUGGUCAAUGGUCAUACACAAUAUUAGGAUUUCUAGGAGGCAUAUACUUCAAUCUGUAGCACAUCUGUCAGGAACUGAGACUGAAAACCAGUUCCUUUUGUUUCCUAACUGAUUAAAAGACUAUGGUCUUGAUGGCAUUCGGUGUCUUUGCAGCUGGAUUGAAGAUUUUGGAAGAUCUGACAAAGAAUUCUGUUCUAAAACAGCAACAGGUAUUGGAGGAAAUACUCACCAGGAAUGUGAAUUCACUCUCAAGCAGUUCAGGAAGGAAGAAAAAGUUAGUCCCUUCUAUUGCUAAGUAUAUUGACAAGAAGUUGUCUUCGGCCCACCUGAUGAGUUUAGUGAUGAUGAAGCAUUUAGAUGGAUUGACCCAAGGAAAAUGGAUGUACCUUUUCUUCACUAAACUAGAUAUUAAAACUCCUUCGAGGCUGAUGCCAAGAACAUUCCUAACAAGCUUAAUUAAGGCAGCUCAACAGAAGAAUUCUUCUGAGAGCAAAAUUUACGCUAGCCUUAUUGAGACCGUCCUCUGCUUAGACUCCAAGCAGAGCUUGUAUUGCCAAUUAUUCUGUGGUCUAGUACAACAGGAUUAUGUCAUUGUUGUUGGCUCAAGUUUUGCAUCUACUUUCCUUAAGGCCAUUAGUUUCCUAGAAGAUCAUUGCGAAGAGUUGUGCUCAAACAAAAAAACAGGUCAUUUAAGUGACUGGAUCACUGAUCUCGGUUGCAGAAAUCAAGUGUCAUUGAUUAUCAGCACACCUAAUCUAGAAUUGGCUGAUCUGCUAGAACAAGCAUGCAGUUCUAAAUCAUGGGAAGGGAUAGUUGAGGAACUCUGGCCUAGAGCAAAAUACACUGAUACCGUAGUUACAGGUUCCAAGGUACAAUAUAUCCCAUCACUUGAAUUCUACGGAGGAGGUCUCCCUUUGAUUUCACAGCUUUAUGCUUCUUCUGAAUAUUACUUUGGGAUCAAUUAAAAUCCUUUAGGUCAUCCUUUCUAUAUCUCUUAUACUCUGUUCCUAAACAUGGCCUAUUAUGAGUUCCUACCUGUGAAUACAAGCCAUGGGGGAGUUUCCAAUCAGGAUUCCAUAGAAAAGGAGAAAAUUGUUUAUCUUGCACACGUGAAGGUUGGUCAAUAUUAUGAAAUUGUUAAUUUGUUACCACUACUAUUGCAGGUAGGCUAGGUUCUUCUUUGUUCUUUUUUUCCCUCUAAUUUCUGAAAAAUUUGUCCUUUCUGUAAGAAAAUUGUAAAUUUUCU